CUCUUCGGAGAAAACACCGCAAGUAUCUCGUCUGUUUUGUAUUGUACUGUUUGUUUUUUAAAAAAAUACCUCAGCCUUACGAGCUAGUUUGUUUUUAUAUAGAUCGAGUUCUUGUCAUCCCACGAAAUUGUAGUGAUCAAAUCUCCAAAAUAUUAGCGGCUAAAUUCAUGAAAUGGUGGAUCCAGCAUCAGGAUCACAACAACAACAACAGCCUCCAACACUUUCGAUCACGGUAGUUCCGUUGAACGUGCUCGACGAUCCAUUGGGAAACGUUCAAGGGCUGGACGGCGAUGAAGACGAAACAGGGGGUGGUGUGCUACCCCAGCCGUUGAGCGAAGCAGCUAUCCUUGAAGCCUCUCAGUCUUUCUACGACGAUAUUGUUGACGACGUCAUCCUUGGCAUCGUAUUUGAAGUCCAUCGCGGUGCUAAAUUGGGACUCACCGCUCUCCUCGAAGACGGCGUAACAGGUGAUUCACAAUGCGAUUUCGAUGCAGACGAGACUACCCGUUCGUCGACAGGCGGCGGUGGUGGAGAAACAAUGGAUUUCGAUGCAGCGUCAGAGAUGUUGUCAUCGGUAGCGGUCAAUAGCAAAAAACCGGCUGAAUGCGUCUGUCCUAACUGCCAGCGCAAUAUGGCCGCAUCCCGUUUUGCUCCGCAUUUGGAAAAAUGUAUGGGCAUGGGGCGAAACAGUUCACGAUUGGCAUCAAGGCGUAUCGCCACUUCGGCCAGCAGACAGGCCGAUUUGGUGAGCGACGAUGACUGCGACGAUGACGAUUGGACGGCGAGCGGAGCCGGCGAUCGGCAAGACCACCGAAUUAUGAGUGGCGAAGGAGGUGCCGGAGGUGGCAACAAGAACAAACGACGUCAUCACUUGCACAAGAAAGACAAAAACUCACCAAGGCGCAAAAAAUGGAAGAACGGUAGCAAUGGCGACAACCAUAGCAACAGCAACAGCUCUAGUGGUCAUCCGUUCAUUGCGUCAUCUGCGUCUGCAGUUCCGGGAGCUGACGGGAGCGAUAGUUUGAAUACUGGAUCAACUGGUGGUAAUACAAUGGAGACGAUGGGGUUGAUGGAGCGCCGGACCCUUCUUACCACCAUGUGCGGCGUCAUCUCGGAGCAUACAGGCCGGAUGUGUACUCGCUCGCUUCGUUGUCCUCAACACACGGACUCUCAACGGAAAAAUGUUCGUCAAGUCAUAUUGGAGAACCAUUCAGAAACGGAUAGUCAUCUCCUGCCCGGCACUGGGGGUGAUAAGGACAAAGAGAUGAUAGACGUCGAUACGUGGGAUGAAGGAGACUCAAUCGCUUCCCUCCUGACUACUCAGAGUCACGACGUACCGACGCCUGGCGCAGAGGCCUCGCCUGCCGAAUCCACCUCAACAUCGGCAAGCUCCACUUCCUCGUCGGCAAGACGUCGAACUGAGCAACAAACCAACGUUAUUAACAGCAAAACCAAUAGCAAGAAGAACAAUGGCAAAAAGUUCAAAGGCGAUGCCUGACCGAUGUCUUUAUUUAUUAUUCCUUCUCUGUUUCUUUCCCUUUAUUUUUUUGUUUCGUACCUUAUUCAUUCAUUCCGAUUGAUUUCUCUUUUCCGCCCACUCCUUCCUGUUCUCUCUUGACCGCAACCUUGACGUCUACGCCACUCAAGCCCACAAUCAAAAGGUAUAAAUAUCAAAUGAGAAAAGCCCGGCAAUGGGCGUGCUUUUUGACCGGGGGGGAUAUAGAAAAAAAAAAACGACACACAAAAAAAAAGAAAUGAAAAUGAAUCUAACAAACUCCACUUUGACGAUCGGACGCAUACUAAAGUGUAUUAUUAUUGACAUUCUUGCGGAUUGAAUUGUGUAUGGCACAUUUUGAAGGAAACGAAUUAAAUCACUUGCUCCGUC